ACCUGUAACCAGUGACGUCGACACAUUCAGGAAAAGGAACGGUGGAGCCAAUGCACCAUUAAAGAAAUACCCUUCAUUUGGAAAACUUUAAUGGCGAAUAAAUGCGUUGGUUUCACUUAUUUUAGUAUUUGGAUACUUUAAGAAUAUAUGCUCAGUAUUUUGGUAAAUAAAUAAUGUCGGCUUCUGCUAUAUUUGUAUUGGACUUAAAAGGAAAGGUGUUGAUAUGUCGGAACUACAAAGGCGAUGUGGACAUGUCAGAGAUCGAUCACUUCCUGCCCCUGCUAAUGCAACAAGAAGAGGAUGGUCUUAUCUGUCCAAUCAUGUCCCAUGGAAGAGUCCACUUCAUGUGGAUCAAACACAGCAACCUGUACUUGGUAGCAACUACAAACAAGAACUCGAAUGCUUCCCUGGUCUAUUCCUUUCUUUAUAAAUUAGUUGAGGUCUUCACAGAGUACUUUAAAGAACUGGAGGAAGAGAGUAUUCAAGACAACUUUGUGGUGGUGUAUGAGCUGCUGGAUGAACUGAUGGACUUUGGCUUUCCCCAGACCACUGACAGCAAGAUCCUGCAGGAGUACAUCACACAGGAGGGCAACAAACUGGAGGUGACCAAGACCAAGGUCCCCACCACUGUCACCAACGCCGUCUCCUGGAGGUCAGAGGGCAUCAAGUACAAAAAGAAUGAGAUCUUUAUUGACGUCAUCGAGUCUAUUAACGUACUGGUGAAUGCUAACGGCAGUGUGAUGAGCAGUGACAUCGUGGGCAGUAUCAAGUUGAAGACCAUGCUGUCUGGCAUGCCUGAGCUAAGACUGGGGCUCAAUGACCGGGUGCUCUUUGCCCUCACUGGCCGUGACAAGGGGAAGACGGUGGUCAUGGAGGACGUCAAGUUCCAUCAGUGCGUGCGUCUCUCGCGCUUCGAGAGCGACCGCACCAUCUCCUUCAUCCCCCCGGACGGAGAGUCCGAGCUCAUGUCCUACCGCCUCAACACGCACGUGAAGCCACUGAUAUGGAUCGAGUCUGUCAUAGAGAAGUUCUCCCACAGCAGAGUGGAAAUCAUGGUCAAGGCGAAAGGUCAGUUUAAGAAGCAGUCCGUGGCUAACAAUGUGGAGGUGCGGGUACCUGUGCCUAGUGAUGCCGACUCCCCCAAGUUCAAGACCAGCACGGGCAGCGCCAAAUACGUCCCCGAGAAGAACCUGGUGAUCUGGACCAUCAAGUCCUUCCCUGGAGGAAAGGAGUUCUUGAUGAGGGCUCACUUUGGCCUCCCCAGUGUGGAGAACAAUGAGAUGGAGGGCAGGCCUCCCAUCACAGUCAACUUUGAGAUCCCCUACUUCACAGUGUCAGGGAUACAGGUGCGGUACAUGAAGAUCAUAGAGAAAAGUGGCUACCAGGCAUUGCCCUGGGUCAGGUAUAUCACUCAAAGUGGAGAUUACCAACUACGGACUAACACCUAAAAUGAGAAUGAACCCCUCCUUGCUACCAGAGAUAACUGCUAAACGAUCAAUUGAGAUGCACACUUAAAAUAAUGUCUGAAUUUAUUUCAUAUCUACCUAUUUGGUUUGCCAUCAUGUCAAUUGAUUGCUUUAAUCGUGUGAUUAUUUGUAAUGUACCUAAUAGUAAAAUAAUGUUAUAGAUUUUAAAUCCUUCUUCGUGUGUGUAGAUUAUCGAAGCUGUUCGUAUUAAAAUAAUUGUAUGAUUCCAAAAA